GUUUAGGACAGUGGCGUUUUUCUUUUCUUUUUCUUUUUAAGACAUAAGACCAUCUCGAUCUAAACUUCAAAUGCCCAUGACAAAAGUUCAGAACAGAGGAUAUGGGGAUAAAUCCCACAACGUUACACAAAUCCUGCAUAAUGGUGACGUGGCAGCAUAUUAGAAUGACACCUGUCAAGACUUUCCUAAUCAAAAUUUCCGUUCCGUUAACCUAAGGUUACUGUUUCUCUCUCCUGUCUCUUUCUCUCACACGCAGCAGGGGCAGAAGAACCAAAUCAAAAAGAAAAAUCACCACCACCACCUUUUAGCCGCCAAGAACCACCGCUCCAACCCCUUCUUUUGAUAGAAAUCUCUGUGGCGAAGAUGAAGACUACAACUCAGAAUUUUUCUAGAUCUUUGGGAGGACUCACCUGAGCGGGCAAGGGAGAGAGGCUCCAACUGAGAGAUUUAGCUAGAGAGAGAAACAAUGGGGGAGGGUUAGACAGUUUAGUGUAAAAGGAAAAGGUUAUACAUGUACAUACAUAGGAAAAUUCGAGAAAGGAACAGAAAAUCGAUUUGACUUACAAAUCUGGUUCGAAUUGAAGAAGUGCAACAAAGAAGACCGAGUUGCUGAGGUGUUCCUAGUACCCUGGAUUGUGCUCCUUCAAGUUUAGGCCUGUGUUUCUUCUGCUCUGAGAUAUAUUUCAAAAGUCUUAGUGAGGUUUUUGAAGUAAAAUACAACAAUGGAUUCAUCACAGAGUGCUGUAACAGCAGGGACUGGUGGUGGUGGCAAUGGGAUGAUGAUCUCUCAAACCAAUGAUAUGGCAGCUACACCUGCUGUGGACGAUCCAAAGCAGAACCUGAACCAUGUCAUCAACUCUAUUCAGAAAACUCUGGGCCUUCUUCACCAGCUCUACCUUACUGUCUCUUCCUUCAAUGCUGCCUCUCAGCUUCCUCUUCUCCAUCGCCUCAAUUCUCUUGUCACGGAGCUUGACAACAUGGUUAAAUUGGCUGAGAAGUGCAACAUUCAAAUUCCUAUGGAAGUGCUAAAUUUGAUUGAUGAUGGAAAGAAUCCAGACGAAUUCACAAGGGAUGUCAUAAACAGCUGUAUUGCCAAGAAUCAGAUCACCAAAGGCAAAACUGAUGCCUUUAAGGGUUUACGCAAGCAUCUUAUGGAAGAACUUGAACAAACAUUUCCUGAUGAAGUUGAAUCUUAUAGAGAGAUACGUGCAGCCUCUGCUGCUGAAUCAAAGCGGCUUGCACAAGCACAAAGCAUGUUACCAAAUGGAGAUAUGAAGGUCAAAUCCGAGCUUUAGGUGUUUAUCUUCAGUACUAUUAAAGACUAAUGCAUAUUCAGGAAAUAAAUAAAUCAAAACAUGUGCAUGGAAGCGCACAUCUGCUGAUAUUCCUUUGUUUUUUUGGGGCUGAAUGUCUGCUGAAAUUCCUGUUUCUUCCUACUGCUAUCUUUGCGUAACAAUUUGAUUUUAUAUAUACAUAUGGGUGUAUUUGUGUGCACUUGCAUGAAUAGAAGCUAGCUGGCUGAAGUAAUUCUAUUUGCUGAGUAAGAAAUUCUCUUUACAAUAAGUCUUGGGACGCAAAUUGUGCAAAGUUGUCGAUAUGGCAUGUUGUAUAAUAAAGUAUUGUCAAUAGUGGGUUGAUAUGAAA